AUGACGAAACGUCCACUUGAUACCGAAAAUAAAGAGAAUGAACUUGAACAAUUUUCACCGUCGAUUGCAACAAGUUCGCUUGCUUUUAAUUCUAUUGAUCAAAAUGUAACGAAACCAGCAAAAAAAGCAAGAAUCCUUGAAGAAAAAGUUGUGCAACAAGACGAAUCUUCAAGUAGCGAAGAGGACGAUGACGAAGACGAUGAUGAAGGAAAAGAAAAAGGACCAUGGCCAAUUGGAGCAGUUAUUCAACAUCACGAUGGUACAGUUCAUUCAAAAUAUAAACAAUACAUCGUCUAUGAAAAUACUGAACCUGAAAUGAUUUCAAAAACAGCUCGUUUUUGGAGCCGUAAAUAUUUAAAAGUUCUACAACACGUCGAUCCGGAUUCAUAUGAUAUGUAUAUCCAUAAUGAUUUUGCUUGCUAUGGUGAAUUAGAAGUUCUUGAAAAUUGUAUUAUUGAUAUAGCCAAAGGAAUAUUUCUUAAACAUAAAAAACAAAUGAACUUUUCCAAUUACAUUUUUGCCUUUCGGCGUCUAGAGGCGUUAACGACUGUACUUAAUUGUUCGCAGCAAUUCGUCGGUAUUGAUGAUGGUGAACGUUUUUGUGAAUUCAUUCGACUUAUUGGUGCUUGUUAUAUAACAAUUCUUCGGGGUUUAUUACCAAAGACUAUGUUUAAUGAUGAAGAAUUUAAUGAUGAUGAUUUGAAAAAAUUAAAUAAAAUUUCUCAACAGUUACCAAAUUUUAAACAAGUUAUUAAACAAGCAUUGAUUCUCGGCCAUGAUAUUCUAUCGAUUGGUGACAUACGAAGUGCUUAUGUAAAUAUUCUUCACACAAUCUAUUGUAAAUGGUCGAUGGUGAUUGAUAAAAUUCGUGUUGAUUUAAAAGAAAAACCACAUAAAAAAGAUGAGACUCUAUGGGAAGCAUUAAAACAUGCGGCUGAAAUCAAGAAGACUGCUUAUAGAGAAUCAUAUAAUUUCAUGAAGGAAUUCGAUCUUUACUCAAAAAAUAAUCCCGGUCUAGGUGGACAUUCACAUGAUCUUCGUAAAUGGCCGAAAGCAAAAAAAAAUUUAUAUUCUUUUGAUACUAUUGAAGAUGAAAAUGACGACAGCUUUUGGUUUCGGUUGUAA